AAACUGUGAUGUUUUUAAAAUGUCAAUGUCAGUAAAAAUCAUAGAAGUCGCAUCGUCCGGCUGUUGUUUGGUGUUAGCGCUAACGCCGCAAUAUAAUAAUAAACAGCGGUGACUGGAAGAUGCGCUAUCCUCAUGCCGAUGGCUAGCCUCAACGUAGCGGAGUGGUCGGCGGAGCAGGUGGCGGACUGGCUGACAGGGCUGGGCCCCACCGUGGCGCGCUACGUGCCGGCGCUGCGCGAGCGCGGGCUGGACGGCGCCAAGCUGCUGACGCUGCGCUGCGACGACCUGGAGUACCUCGGCAUGCACGUCAUCGGCCACCAGGAGCUGCUGCUGGAGGCCGUCGAGCAUCUGCGGAACUUUCAAUAUGAGGUGUCGCGAGAGUGCGUGCAGCAGCUAGCACUACGAGUGUCAGUGGUGGCCACCACCCUGGCACGUGCUCUACGACACCACACGGACGCGCGGCUUGAGACACAGACACUGGCUGAUGUAGCUCGCACCGUGCACGCUGUUAAACCACUUGUGUGCUGGCUCGACAGUGUCGUGUGCGUGCAGAUGGCCGGGCGGCGGCGCGGGCGGCGCGUGGCUGGCGGCGCGCAAGACGGCGCUGCUGCAGCACGCGCUGGAGGCGGCGGCCUGCGCGCAGCGCGAGCGCUUCGCCGACCAGCCCGCGCGCGCCGUGGCCGCCGCCGCCGCCGGCACCGCCGCCGCCGCCGACUACAUCAUCCAGGACGUGGCCGACCCCAUGGUGCUGCAGCCCGCCUCGCUCGACACCGUCACGCUGCGCCAGGCCGACAAGCCGCUCGGCUUCGACGUGGUGCCGUCCUUCUGCGGGCACCACCAGCUCGCCGACAUCCGCUUCGGCUCGCCCGCGCACGCGUCGGGCGCCGUGCACAUCGGCGACGAGAUCGUGCAGGUGGGCGCGCAGUGCGUCAUCGGCUGGAGCGGCGCCUGCGUGCUGCGCGCGUGCGGCGCGGCGGGCGCCGAGCUGCUGCUGCGGCUGCGGCGCCGCGCCGCCGCGCGCCGCCCGCGCUGCCCGAGCCGCGCCGCCGCCGCCUGCUGGCGCGCCCGCCGCCGCCGCCGCCCUACAGCGACGACAGCGAGCCCGACGAGCCCGCGCCGCACCCCGCGCGCCUGUACCCGCCCAAGCCGCGCGCGCUGGUGCAGCGCCGCCACACGCUCGCCGGCGACGCCGAGCUCUACAAGCGGCCCAGCCACACCAUCGAGCAGUUCUGGCAAGAGCUGAAGCAGCAGCGCUGGGGUGCUGAGGGCGGCAGUGCCAACAUGACGCCGGCGCCUGACGACACCGCGCUCUACGCGAGGGACAAGGCUGUGUCAUGUAGCACAGGCCUCGAGCUGUCUCCCCGGCCGCGUACGUGCCUCGGCGUCGUGACCGACCGUCCCCCCGCUCGGCCCCUGCCGGCGCCCGGACCCGCUGGCCCCGCGCCCCCGGGGCCCGCGCCUGACCCGCCGGGCUCCGACGAGCCGGCCGCCCCCGACCGCAGCCGCGGCAAGAUGGAUAAGAGCCAUUCUACACCCGCGUAUGACUUCGACGCCAGUGUGGACGAACCGGGUCCUCUAGCCGCGCAAGCCAUCCCCGAGUCCCCCACCACCCCCACUGACAGCCCGCUAGCGAUACACUCGGCGUACAAAGCUGAUAGGAUUCUAGAUUUCAAAAAAUCCAGUUGUCAAAUCGGCGAGGCCAUACUGCAACGCGGGCGGCGCAGCAACGCGGACGAGCGAGCCGCCGACGCCGACAGCGGCGCCGACAGCGACGCGCUGGCGCCCGACCCCGCCUCGCCCGGCCCCGCCUCGCGCCCGCUCCACGCGCUCAACACCGCGCUGCUGCAGCGCCGCCGCUCCGCCGCCGAGCCCGCGCCCGCCGCCCCACCUGCGCCGCACAGAUCGGGUCGGCGGGCGCCGUCUCCCCCCCCGCGGCCCGCGCCGCCGCCGCGCCCGGCCGCGCUGUCGCCGGGCCCGCAGCACCCGGGGGCGGCGCCGCAGUACCCGGGGUCGGCGUCGCAGCACCCGGGCACGGCUCCGCAGCACCCGGGGGCAGCGCCGCAGUACCCGGCGCUGCGCGCGGUGCUGCGGGCGGUGCCGCGCGAGGAGCCGCCCGCGUCGCCGCUCAAGCCGCGCCACCCGGUCGACCCCACGCAUAUAUCGAUGCCUCUGCGGCACAUCACGAAGCACGACAUUCGCGUGCUCCCGACGAGCGAGCGGCGCGAGCUGCCCGCGCUCAACAGCCCCAGCGCGUCGCCCCCGCCCCGCGCCCCGGCCCCCGGCCCGGCCCCCGCGCCGGCCCCCGGCCCGGCGGCGGGCGGCGGCGACAUCGUGGUGGGCGCGUGGGCGGCGGCGGAGGCGGGGUGGGCGCGCGGCGCGGCGCUGUCGCCGGGCAGCGCGGUGCGCGGCAUCUUCCCCUCCUCUAAGUCGCGCAGCCUUAAGAAGAAGAGCUCCAUCCUGGCCAAGCGGCGGCUGGUGCCGGCGGCGGCGCUGGCGGCGCGCGGCGCUGGGGGCGCGGUGUGGCAGCGCGUGCGGGCCCGCGCCUCGCCCCGCUGGGCGCGGCGGCACCUGCUGCUGGCGCACAGCGUGCUGUACGCGUACCGCGCGCCCGACUGCAGCAAGGCGGACUGCAUGAUCUACCUGGCGGGCUGCACGGUGGCGGCGGCGCCCGAGGUCAAGUCCCGCGCGCACGCCUUCAAGGUGUACCACACGGGCACCGCCUUCUACUUCGCCUGCGACUCGCGCGACGCGCAGCUCGCCUGGAUCCAGCUCAUCCACCGCGCCACGCUGCUGCCCGAGCUCGCCGCCAACAUGGACGUAUCGAAGCAGUUCUCGGAGACGGACUACUCGGAGACGGAGUCGGACACGGAGAGCCCGCGGGAGCGGGAGCGGGACAAGGACAAGGACAAGGACAAGUCCAAGUUCGGCUCGCUCAAGAAGCUCACGCACCGCAUGCAGCGCAGCGACUCCGGCGACCUGCCGCCGCAUGCCGCCACCAGCCUCGACCGCAAGUACCUGCGCUUCUUCUACCGCAGCAAGCCCAAGGACGACGCCAAGCCCAAGAAUAAGCAAGUGGGAGUUCCCGUGCCCACCGAGCACUACCGCAGCUACCGCCGCGUGGCCGCCUCCCCCGCGCCGGCCCCCGGCCCCGCCCCCGCCAGCCCCCCGGGCUCCCCGCCGGCGCCGCGGCCGGGGGAGGAGGGCUCGGGGCGGGGGCGGCGCCUGCCCAAGCCCAUCAACUACAUCCACGCCUCCAACCCCAACCUGCUCGACUUCGACAAGAGCGACUUCGUCACUAAGCCCGCGCUGCACGUGCCCAAGCCUAAGCCGAAGACGGAGACGCUGGUGGGGCUGGUGACGCUGGAGCAGUUCAUGCUGCGCAAGCAGGCGGAGGAGCGGCGCCAGCUGUACAGCAACCGCGUGCUGCUGGGCGUCGAGCACCAGGCGCUGCUGCACCGCCUCGACAACAUCGUGCCGGACGUGAUAUACGGCGAGGUGUGCGGCAGCGCGGGUGUCGGCUCGGGCGGCUCGGGCGGCGGCGGCGGCAAGCCCGUGUCCGUGCGCGGCAGGGACGGGUACGAGAAGAUAGUGUACCGGGACGAGAUGGGCGGCACCCCCGCGGGUGGGGCGGGUGUAACGUCGGGUGGGGCGAGCGGGGCGGGCGGGGCGAGUGGGGCGGGUGGGGCGCGCGCGGGGCGGGGCGGCGCGGGGGAGCGGUGGCGGGACUCGCUGCGCAGGAACGAUAAGGUGCACUCUGCCCGCGCGGACGCGGAGGUGAAGCCGCAUCACGCGCACUCCGCGCAUGCACGCGACAGCGGCAGCAGCGGCGCCAGCAGCCGGCGCGGCGGGCACUACCCGCACCUGCAGUGCCCGCCCACCUUCCAGCCCGAGACCUACUCCCUCGCGCGCCUGCCGCCGCGCCCGCGUGACUCCGACGCCUAGCGCCCCGCAUCACACACCCAGCCUCACUCUCAAUAUUAACCUCAUGCGCCAAUUAGACAACAGCAAAGCGCAUAUUUGGCAAAACUGACGCCGAAUAAAUGACUAUAUAGACUCUGACCGACUCACUGCUCGAAUUGCGUUUACUUGCAAUAAUUUUCACACACAUACGAGCCCAAAACACAAAAAUAUAUAUAAUUAUUAUUCUAUGAAAUACUUCCAUCAAUAACCAAGUAACCAAAUCGACAUUUUAUAGAUGCAACCUUAGCCCUAAUUCAUGAAAAAGUACGUUUUCCCUAAACUAAUUACAAAGUCUUAAGAAUUACGUUGUUCACAAAUAUGCUACGCUCAAUUAUUUUGUAUUUUUAAUAGUAAAUGUAAAUAAUUAGUGUUUAGCAAUCAUUAAAUUGUGUAAUUAUGUACAAAGUAAGAUUAUACAAAUUGAUCAUGGAAAAUAAUUGGAAACAUAUCUAUAAAUGCAAGUGUAAUAUAAAAUUAAACUUUCAGUAUUUUUUAUACAAUUAAUAUUAGGUAGACAAAAGUGCUCGUCCGUGGAACUGUGACGUUACCCUAGAGCUUACGUUAUUAUUUCAUAAGAUUGUGCUAAACGAAUACUCGUUGUUAUUGUUCCGUAAUCAUGUAGAUAGACUAAUUGAGCUCGUCCUACAUCGAGUGCUUCCUUCAUUUGUAUCCUGUAUUGUAACUGUUAUUAUUUACUUUGUUUUAUCGUUUUGCAAAUGUUACCAUUUGUAAAGGGGACUUAUUGUAAUUAAUAUUUGUACUGUAUAAUAGUAAAGUAUCGACUAUUGUUGACGAAAGUGCUCACAUAAUUGUCGCCUAAUUUAAAUCAGUCGUAUAUUGACGCGGUCUGAAGUAGGACGUGAAGUUUACCGUCACCUGUCUGUGUUCCCUAUGAAGGCAGGACUCUAAACUACGUACAAUGUUUGGCGAGCUAAGGAAGGAACUAGGUUUGUCUAAUUAUUUGCGUAAUAUGAUAGUUGUGAUGUUUUGGCAAGCGGUUAGCGUCUCACUAGCGCCAUCUGUAGUACUAAAAUAAAUCUACAAAAGUAAAGAAACAUUUGAUCAUCCCUAAAAAUUAAGUACAUAAUGGAAAGUAGUUUUGCAACUUUUUAGAAGAAUAGUAAAUUAUAAGAUUUUGAUUGUUAUAUUCCUGGUUUGAGCGCUAAACCAUUCAACGUAGCAAGGAUUAGGUGCAGUGGGACGGUAGCCGCGGCCGCGUGGAGCGGGACAAGGCUGAGCGAGCCGCGAGACUCGCUGUACAGAGGGCGCUAUUUUAUAUACUACUAGAUAGAAUACUUUAUUACGAAUAUUGUGCUUUAAGUGAUACACCAUAGCGACAACAUUGUUUAAAUAUGGCUUCCAACUUAUUGUGUUUUAUUAAAAGUUUAAAAUUAAUUUAGGAACAAGACUGGAUGUUUGUAGCAUAGUGAAGGGCUGCAUGAGGCUGUGCACCGCGCCGCAGCGAGGCACCGCGUGACGACACAGUCGCCGGAGCUGCUGCGGCCCAGUGGUGCACUCGUGUUAUAUAGAUAGCUAUACAAUAUUAUUAUACUUAGAUAAAUCAAUCGCUGUCCUAUUUUAAACAAACGCUUUUAACGAGCCGUCGAAUGAUACGAGGAAUUUUACUUUAUAUUAGAUGUGAUAAGAGAAAUAAUUUCAUCGUAAGUAUAAAUUAUUGUUUUACAAUAUAUUAUGAUGUACUAUGAGAAUGUCCAGACAUGUUCGUUUACGCAUGUACUCGUAAUACGUACAACGUUAUGAAUGACUAUUAAAUAUAUUUUAUACAA